CAGCGUCUUGGUUGCGGUUUUUCUGAGUUCAUUUCGUUGUCAACUGCCAGUUUAUAUGCUCGGUUGACAUUUUAUUUUGCUUUUGGCCCAUGAGUACCCGCCUUUCCAUGAGUGAAAGGGGACUAGUAAUUAUCAUCUCGAUCACUCACUCUUCAUAAAUAUAUGUAUUCAUUAUAUACCCUGUAAUGCCAACGAAUAAAAUUUCGGUCGCAGAUCCUGAUGUGACUUCUUCAAACCAUUAUUCUGUACAUCUUGAUUGGUCUUCUUCUCUGCUCCAGUUCAAAUACCACAUUCUAAAUGAAACUGAGAGAAUCUACACCAUUGCACAGCAAUGUGAAGGUCAUAUUGAACAUGAAGAUGGCUGGAAAAAUGUAUAUAUAGGAUAUGGUGAACAUACAGUUGUGAUGGAUCUUAAUGCAUGCAGUCAGUACAUGUUUCGAGUUCGAUUUCAUCGAAGUGAUGAUGAUUACACUUACUGGUCACCUCCAGCAAAAAUCUUCACAGCCAAGGAACCAUUCUAUGGAGAGAACUUACACAAAGCUGUACGUCGCCAGAAAAUUCCCGAAAUUGUGGAUGUGCUAAAUUCUGGCCAUAUCACAGUUGAUGUGCCAGAUAAUCAUGGUCUAAGUGCACUAAUGAAUACGGCAAAACGGGGCCAACCUGAAAUUAUGAAAGUAUUGUUGUCUUAUAAUGCUUCUGUUUCUUGCAAAGAUGAAGCAGGGAAAACAGCUCUAAUGCAUGCUUGCAUUUAUGGCCAGAUAUCAACUGUAAAACUCCUGCGCACACAUGGUGCAAUCUAUGAAGAUUAUGAUUUGGGUGGGACUACUCCAUUGCAUUAUGCCAUUGACAGCUGCAACUGUGAUCUCAUUGAGUGGAUGAUUACAGAUGGAGCAAAUGUGAACAUUCAAGACAGAAAUGCUGGUUGGACUCCAUUGAUGCGAUGUGCUUCUCUCCAUGGUAACAAAUUAGUUGCUUAUACAUUGAUCCACAAUAAAGCCGAUAUUGAUCUCAGGGACAUAAAUGGAAAGACCUGCUUAAUGAUUGCUGUCGUCAAUGGCUAUCUACCACUUGUGGAACUGCUCUUGGAGAACAAUGCUAAUAUUACAAUAUACAAUACAAGCGGCCGUACUGCAUUUGAAAUAGCUGUUUCCCUUGAAAGAAGAACAAUAACAGAAUGCAUGGUGAAAUAUAUGAACAGGAAAGGAAUAAAGAUUCAUGAAUAACUUAUGGUAUUUCGGUUUGUAUCUGAGAGGGGAAGAGGUAUAUCUGUUUACACUAGUGUUAUUACUGCUACAGCAACUACCUCUUAACCUUUCCCUAUUCCUCCAUAAGAUGAAGCUAUCUGGUAUUUCUUGAGAACUUUAUUUACAGAAUAAGAAAACAUAGAUAUUAAAAUGGUUUUUUUUUUUUUACCAACCCAAAGAAAGCACAUGAAUACUGAAAUGCUUCAAAGUGUACUGAUCAGUAAAAUACACUGAAAGUAACUCUUUCCUAUUGAGUACCAACCAAGACCAGUUGGUUAUUGAAGUGGCUUAACAUAAUAUAACAGCUUGCUGUCACCCUUCAGCUAAAGUAUACCAUCGUUCCUGAGCCUGACGUUGCAAUUCAUAGCACAAAACUUAGACUGUUAUAAUCAUUCAUGGUAACAAGUUGGGUAAUAAAAUAUCCAUAAAGUGGACAAAUAUA